AUUUUAUCUAUGUUUCAUAAUAACACUAAACAUAACCUCUUAAAAUGACGAAAAAUUUUAAUUUUAAAAUAUAAUAAAAAGUAUUGUCAUAUUGUCAAAGACCCAAAAUUGUCAAACUGAAGCAAAAUUAUCAAAUUUCACAUAAAAUGUUAUUCAAGAAUAAUAUAAGAGGAAUAAAUUAUAUCAACAAAGCUUCUUUCUGUGCCAAAUCACAAUCUUCAAAAAAAUAUAGUAGAACGAUUUUAUUACCAAAAACCCAGUUUCCUUUGAAGUUAAAUAACAGUAAAAUCGUAGAAAGAGAUGAAUCUGUGUAUAAUUCAGCCGGAUUCGAAAAGCUUUAUGAUUGGCAAAGAGCACAUUUGUCAGAACCAGAAUUUAUUUUACAUGAUGGACCACCUUAUGCUAAUGGAAAUUCACAUAUGGGACACGCUAUAAAUAAAAUUUUGAAAGACACAAUUUUACGUAGCAAGAUUUUAAGUGGCAAUAAAGUCCAUUAUAUACCAGGGUGGGAUUGUCAUGGACUCCCUAUCGAAUUAAAAGCUUUAACUGGUGUUAAAGAAGAGGAUCCUAUUGAAAUUCGCAACAAAGCAAGAAAUUUCGCAAAAGAAGCUAUUGAAACUCAAAAAAGAAUGUUCAAGUCAUGGGGUGUUUUGGGUGAUUGGAAGAAUGCAUACACCACUUAUUCAGCUGACUAUAUGAAAUUACAAUUUAGACAAUUUUUUAAAUUAUAUGAAAAAAAAUAUAUUUACAGAGAUGUUAAGCCGGUAUUUUGGUCUCCUUCAUCGAUGACAGCAUUAGCAGAGGCAGAAUUGGAAUAUAAUGAGAAACAUGAAAGUACUAGUGCAUAUGUCAAGGUGAAAAUUAUUGAUAAACCCAAAUUAGAGAUUUGUGCAACUAAAAAUCUUUAUGCAAUUAUUUGGACAACCACUCCUUGGACUCUACCUUCCAAUCAAGGUAUCUGUUAUAAUAAGGUUUUGUCAUAUUCCAUAGUGAAAUCAUCUAAUUUCCAAGAUGACUUGUUCAUAAUUUCAACAGAUUUAGUCGAUGACAUUGCAAAGGUGUUGAAUACUACUUUAGAAGUUGUAGAGGUUAUUCCAGGUAGUGACCUAGAAGGAAUCGUUUAUCAACAUCCUUUAUAUCAAGAUAAAAUGCAUAACUUCGUUUCUGCAUCCCACGUAAGUAAUACCAAAGGUACAGGCUUGGUACAUUUAGCUGGAGCACACGGACCAGACGAUUUUUUAGUUUGCCGUGAAAAUAAUGUGAGUAUAGUAGAUCUAAUAGAUGAUACAGGGUGUUAUGUAACAGAAGCUGGACCUUCAUUAAAAGGCAAAUAUUCAUUAACCGAAGGAAAUGAUGCAGUAUUGGAGCUAGUACAAGAUAACUUAUUGCACAAAGAAAUUAUUACACAUUCUUAUCCAUAUGAUUGGCGAACUAAUAAACCUGUUAUUAUUAAGGCUAGUAAACAGUGGUUCAUUAAUACAGAAUCAAUCAAAAAUAGAGCUGUGGAACUGUUAGAAGAUGUGAAAAUUUUUCCAGCAGAUAGAAGUGAAAUAUACAAAAAUAAUUUGAUUAAACAAAUCCAAAAGAGACCGUAUUGGUGUAUAUCCAGGCAAAGAAAGUGGGGAGUUCCUAUACCCAUUCUAUACAAUAAAACAUUGUCUGAUGUAAUAAUUAAUGAAGAUAGUAUCAGUCAUUAUUGUAGGCUUGUAGAUGAAGUGGGAACUGAUUUUUGGUGGAAGAUGAAUACAGAAGAACUUUUAACAGAAAAUAUGUAUCAAUCUAAUGACAUCAUUGUCAAAUGUGAAGAUAUAAUGGAUAUUUGGUUGGAUAGUGGUUUAUCUUGGAGUAAAGUAUUAGAUGGUGCAAAAGUAGCAGAUAUGUAUUUAGAAGGUGUAGACCAAUUUACAGGUUGGUUUCAAUCCUCCCUUCUUACAUCUGUAGCACUUAGGGAUAAAGCACCUUAUAAAUCAAUAUACGUUCACGGUUUCGCAGUUGACCAAAAUGGAAUUAAAAUGUCAAAAUCUCUAGGAAACGUCGUUGACCCUUUAGAAAUUACCACUGGUAAAAAUGAUAAAACUACUUAUGGGGUUGAUGUGCUGAGAUGGUGGGUUACUUGUCAUGCAAAUCAACAUGCAUUAGCAAGUGUUAAUACAAACACUUUGGAUUCUAGUGCCGAGGAAGUACAAAAGAUUAGAAGCGUACUUCGAUUUGCUAUAGGAGCUUUAAGUGAUUACGAAAAUGAAAACAUUGAAAAGUUCAAACUAUUGUUUAUUGAUAGAUAUAUGUUGCACUUGUUGUAUAACUACCACAAUAAAGCUUUAGAAUUCAUGGAGAACUUCCAGUACCACAAAUUAUCUAAUGCAGUUAUAAACUUUCUCACAAAUUCUGUAUCUGCUUUGUACUUUAAUAGUAUAAAAGAUCGUCUUUAUUGUAAUAUCGUUGACAGUACAGAGAGAAGAUCUGCUCAGUUUACACUGUACCAAAUACUUGAAAUUGUAACUCAAUCUGUAGCCCCUAUAUUACCACAUUUAGUCGAGGAAUUAUAUUUAUAUUUUCUUCAAAAACAGAACACCUCAUAUUUUACAAGCGAGCAUUCGAAGCCUACUGAGGAAUGGAAAGAUUCGAAAAUUGAAAAGUUAUUUGAUAUAAUUUUGUUAUGCAAACGUGAUAUUAAUAAGGAGAUUGGGGCAAAUACUACUGAUAAAGUUGUCGAGAUUAUGUUUGCUAAAGAUGUGUGUUUUUAUGAUAUAAAACCAAUAAGCAAUUUAAAAGAAUUAGAAAAGCAACUUAUUGAUAUUUUGCAAGUAUCCAAUGUGAUUGUUACACAAGGUGAUAUAAGUAAAAGUUAUCGAAUCAACAUAACGCAAAGUAAAAAACACGUUUGUCCAAGAUGUAGAAAAGUCAAUGCUGACCAUGAUGAUGAAUUAUGCAGGAGAUGCUAUGAAGCAUUCAAUUAUUUGAGAAGUAAAUCUUCAUUUGUUAUUAACUGAAAAAACUUUUAAAUAAUAAAUGUUUUUUUAGUACACGUA